CGGAGGGGAUACGGAGACGACGCAGAACUAUAUUUAUUUUGGUUUGGAAAUUAGUCCGCAGGAGUCCCGUGUGCGUGUUGGUGCGGUCGGUACCGUGCGUUUCGCACCGAUUUCGGGUGAUCAAAUUUCGAAGUGCUUGCUUAUCGGAGAUCAAGAACUGAAAAAAAAAAAAGAUGACCCGUGGAAAUCAACGUGAACUAGCACGAGCCAAGAAUUUGAAAAAAACAGUAAAGAAGGCAGCGUCUGAACAAGAAAGUAAUAAGGGUCUUUCCUUGGAACAACGUAAAGCACGCGACGCGGAACGAAUGAGAGAAAAACAGCAGAAGAAACAGCAAGGCGAACAGGCAGAUAAAUCUAAACAGGCAGCGAGAUAAUUCAACGGACAAAGCGUAUAACAUUUUUAACGACAACGAACGGCUAUAUCGCUAUCCAAUGGCUAUGCUAAAAAGAUUUACAAUUGUAAGGAAUACAAGACGCUGUUUAACGCUUUCUCGGAACAGAAAAAGGAAUCAGCAUGUUUUUGAUGUUAGAGAAUUUUUCCAUUGUCGGCCGUACACGGGUGUGUCGGUGUUAUGACAUGCCUCAGGACCUAGCCUCGAUUAUCUUGUUAUUUAUACAUUGCUCACAAAAACAAUUAUAAUCAGUGUGUAUAAAACUUGACGUUACCUACACCUAUAUUCAGUCAAAGAAAACACACGUUUGACUGAUUUCUCUAGAUAUAAGAAUAUUAAAUAAUACGAUAUAUUUAUAGUACUAAUUUCAAAUCUGUAAAUUCCCAAAGCUUUCGCUUAUUUAACAUAUUAUGUAAUAUAUUAAAUGUAUAACAGGGGAACGAUCACUAGACACGCAUGUACUACUAUCGUUCCCUCUCGCUCGUAAUAAACUGUUCAAAUUUUAACA